AUGGCGAGCGCUGCCGUUUCCCUGCCACCAGGUCUUGCUCAGCAUGACACGCCGUACGAUGCUCAUCCACUCUCUCACUCUGUCCAGUCAUCCGGAGACGUGCCCUCAACAUCGCAGACAUCAUCAAUCCAGCACAGCUCGACGAGCAGUCCACAUACAUCUUUCCAAAGUGAUGAUCUGCCACCGCCAGGUCUCCACCCCCACUGGUAUCCACAACCAGACCGCGGCAGCCUACAUCUCGGUGGCGCCUCUGCCAAUACCAAAGAGAGCAGAAUGAAAGCUUCAGGUACUGCCCCAGGUGCAUUGGAUAGAGUGUCCAGGCAGGAGACGCAACCUAAAAGAACGCAGACCAAAUUGGAGGACUUCGAGCUGAUACAUGUUCUUGGAAAAGGCUGUGCGGGACGAGUCCUCCUUGUCAGACAUACACCGACAUCAUCCAUCCGAGCCAUGAAAGCCCUUUCUAAGCGCUCGGUCCUGACACACGAUGAACUUCAUCACACCAUGACCGAGCUGUCGAUCCUGCGUCGAUUUUCAGUCAUGGAACCCUCCAAUCCAUUCGUGUCAACCCUUCAAUGCAGCUUCACAGAUCGCGAGAAUAUUUACUUUGUCAUGGAUUUCUACCCUGGAGGAGAUCUGGCAACGCAGAUGGAGAUUCACGGGUUAUUGGGUCAUCAUCGAACUCGGUUCUACGCUGCGGACCUGACGCAAGGCUUGGAGGAUCUACACCGAAAUGGCAUCAUUGUGCGCGAUCUUAAACCGGAAAACAUUCUUUUAAAUGCCCGCGGUCAUGCUGUCUUGGCGGAUUUUGGGCUCUCCAAAGAGUUCGACUAUCGUGGGGAGCCACUGCCAUUGCACGUCGUGACGUACCCAGGGGAGCCAGAUCCUCCGGAAUGGGCCGGUGCGGGAAUGGGUAGUGCGCGAAUAAUGAAGGACGGUAGUCGACGGCUUGUUGUGGAUCGAGCUAUGAGUUUUGUUGGGACAUCUGACUACUUGUCCCCCGAGGUCGUUAGAAGGGCUGAAUACACUUACGCCGUCGAUUGGUGGGCUCUAGGAUGCAUUGUUCUGGAGGGAUUGGUAGGAAGGGUUCCGUUUCACGCCGAAGAAGAUGAGCCACUGAGUAUGCUUUGGAAUCGAAUCCUCCUGGACCCUUGGGAAGAUGCCUUGAGAGAACCGAGGAUAGCUUGUCGACCUCUGACAGAAUAUGGCUUGGACGAGGUCACAUGGUCGUUCAUCGAUGCGCUCUUGAUCAAAGAUCCCAUGUGGCGCUUGACAGAGCCCUGCAUCAAGAACCACGCAUACUUCCAGCAUAUCGACUGGGACACGGUCAAAGCUGGAGAAUAUGAUGAUCCUCACGACUUAGAACUUCACCCGGUCUCAGAGUACAAUACACGCUAUUUCCCUAAACUCUGCUUGGAAGAAGAGCCAUCGGUCGAUAUGAAGACACACGAUGAGAGAUAUGCCGACGAUGACAAGAUUGCGACGCCUUUGAAUGACAAUUCGCUGUACGCUUUGGAAUGUGCAAGGUAUAGGAAGGAGCUCGAAUCAUUUACAUGGUCAAGGGAAGACGAGAUGCUGUACACUUCAGAGCAACAUGUAGACCUCGCCCCUUGGCCUCCACAUCACGAAGGCAUGGCAGAAUCGGAGGAAGAAGGCAGCGGUUCAGAGGCUCUCAGUUCUGAUGCGUCGACCACGGAACAUGAGAGUGAGGAUGAGCCUCGACGUUGGUCUCCGGCCGAUAUCGACCUGCCGCUGCCUUUGGAUGAGGACGAGACUUUGAUACCGGCGGAGAUUGGAGAUGAUCAGGCGAUAGAGUACGCCGGUCAUGAUGGCUCUGAGGAGAUGCAGGAGCAGGAAGCAUCGACGCCAAUGUCUGUGGUCGAGGUUGAUGCACCUGGUACCGCUCGCCCUGGCCCAGAAGCGGAGCCUGUAGUAGAGAUCGACGCAGAUCCAAGGAUGGAGUCGCCAAUCCCGAUGGACGAGGGCCAUUCCCCGACCCCAAAUACCGCAUCCGCCGCCCCGUUCGCAACCCUCACGCGCACCAUUACAGGUUCACCAAAACAAAAGCCGAUACCCAUCCGGCCGGUCAAGAAUCAACUUCGACUGGGUCUAAAUGCCUCUGGAUCUUCCACACUGCUUGCCCGUCGUACUUCACAGGACAACUUCGCCAGUGUUCCUAGUCCCAAUUCCAGACCCUCUCGCCAACUUCGCCUCCCCUCAGGACUCCCGCACUCGGGUCUGUCUGUUUCGGACAUUGUUUCCAUCCCUUCACCCGGUCUCGGAUCUCCCACCCAUAUCAUCCGGAGACACCCUCAACUUCCCUCCGUGGAUGACGGACCUAUCGCUAGGCUCAGUGUUGAUCUCCAUGGGACCGUUACACAACUUGGAGAUGAAGAUUGGGAAGAACUUCAGGCGGACUCGGGUACUCAAAGUGCGGACAACGUUCCUCCUUCUAGCUUUUUGUCUCGGGUUUUGAGGCGACGUCCAUCGACGAUUCAAGCGUCUACCUUGUCCAGACAGGUCAGGUCGUCGAAUUCUUCAGCGUCAUCCAGCCCUACGAAGACUAGAGGGCUGUCAGCCGCGAGGCUCGGUCACGCUGAUGGGAUGACUGGCAGCACGCCAGGCUCCAAAUUCGGUACCACUAAGAAGGCUCUAGAGAAGAUCAAGGCCUUUCCAAAGUUUCGAAAAGUCUCGGAUGGUACAAGCUCGCCGGCAAAAGCUGAGAUCAUCCAAACGCCGCCGAAACGCCAUGGUGUACGUCAACGACUGGACAGUCGACUCGCUAUGCAUAGCGGUCCACUGAAAAUGGAAGGCGGCACACCAUCGUUGCUGGAUCUCAAAGCUGCCCCGAUCCAUCAAUCUGCCAGUAUCGCUCCAACUCUGGCUCUGCCGCCAUCGAUCUCCCCCCUUUCUGAGUCCUUCUCGGUGAAUCGACCACUCUCGAGGGCAAGAGUAUCCGAUCAAGAUCUCAAGGUGCUCGGAUCCGACGUGGAUCUGAAAUCGCCUGUCGAGUCCAUAUCUGAAUCGUCAGGCUCUGGUCUGGGCACCGACGCUAAAGCGACCCUGCGACCAUCAGCGAGCCGCCGACAUACGGAAUCAAGUAAUGGGGCAUCAGCUCGAGCUGGUGGUGUAGGUAUCGGGGGAUGGCUCGACAAGAAGCCCAGGACCCGACGUAAAGAUUCCGGAGUGACCUCUAGUGGAUCUGGGGUCGGCGGCUGGGGUAAGAGAAUGUCCGCUUCAGUCUCUUUGUCAACUAGCAACAGUACGUCUAGCCCAAGGAAAAAGAGUGCUCUCUUCCGAUCUGGUCAAAAGAACAUCCGGUCGUCAGCAUCGACUGAAGGGAUCCCGAGGACCGGAUCAAGGAGUGAAACCAACUUGGAUGGUGGAGGAAAGGAAGCGAUGCCAAAGUUGGAAUUGAAGACGACGGCGCCUUUAGACAUUCAGUGGAAGUAG